GCCAUAGAGGGGAUCUUAUCAGGGAGCGAGAGACUGGCGGUGAUGGUCUGCGCCGAUGUGGCUGCCAGGAUUCAGCGUGCUAAGUUGGACCGCUGCUGGGAGGUUCCUGAAAGAUCUACAGAUAUUCUGCAUUUGAAGCAUCUGAUUCCACUAAAGACUGAAGACUGGGUCUCCUGAAGAAUAUAAAGGGCAGAAAAGUGAAUGCUGGACAGACAGAAUGGAAGCCUGAUAGCCUUAUAGCGACGAAAGAGGCCAGAUAGCUUUUUUUGUUUUGUUUUUGUAUUUAACAGGUUAAAAAUGAAUUCGCACUCAGCUCCACAGAUCGUGGUUAACAGGACAAAUGUCCAGGACGAGGCAGACUGUGGGGAAGGUGUAGAUUUGCCUACAGAUGACCAUCUGAUGACUUUGAAGGCCUUAACAGAGAAACUAAGACUGGAGACCAGGAGACCCUCCUACCUGGAGUGGCAAGCCCGGCUUGAGGCAGAUCGCUUCAGAGACUCAGAAACUGGGACUAAAGGGAAAGUAGUUAAACACAAGGAGACUUCAGUGGACCCAGAUGUGAGUCAGCCCAAGUUGCCAUCAGGUGGACUUAAGGGAUUUAAAAACAUUGAUGAAGCUCUAACCUGGCUCAGAAGAGAACUGACAGAUAUGCGCUUGCAGGACCAGCAGCUGGCGAGGCAGCUCAUGCGACUUCGGAGUGACAUCAACAAGCUGAAGAUUGAACAGACGUGCCAUCUGCAUCGCCGAAUGCUCAACGACGCCACCUUUGGCCUCGAGGAACGGGAUGAGCUGUCGGACCUGUUGUGUGAAUGCCCGGUCACCCCGGGCCUCGGCCUCUCUGCCCCGCUGAGACUGAUCGGAGUCACCAAGAUGAACAUUAACUCUCGCCGAUUCUCGCUCUGCUAGUGGUAACGACGGAAGAAGAAAAAAAUCCUGAAUACAAAAGACCCUUUAUAUACUUACUUCUCUUGAGUGCAGCCGGCCAGCCGCAGUGAUUAGAUAAUGAUCAGAUCUUUUCUGUUUUCAGAGAUAAAACCACAUCACACCCAUUUUUAUGCUCACUGAAAUCAAAGAGAGAGAUUUAAGAGAUGAGGAAGAGUUUUAGUAAGUGUGGUGUUUUUGCCACUAAACUCAGCCCUGGAGCAGAUUUCAUACUUUUAGCCUUCCACGACUUGAAACAGAGUACAUGCAGUUUUUGAAUCAGUGCAAAAGCAGUGUUAGGCAUGCUUCUGUUGUUUUUUAAACCAUAUUAGUACUGAUUACCGUAAGUAUCACCAUCUACUUUCUGCCAUACUUUAUCACGCACAGAUUAAAUGUUUAUAUAUAUAUUUUCACCACAUUCAGACCUCUUUAGGACAUUUUCAGUGACAAUCACAGUUAGUAAAUUUGUUUCUACCUUGUAAGUUUUGUUGUUGUUGUUUUCAAAGUGAUGCCUUAAUAUUAUAGAGACUGAGCGCUGUAUGCUCAUUUGUGUUUGUAGAAUAUCAUGGAUAUAAUGGUUUAUUCGGUGUAAUGAUUGUCAAAUUACACUCCUUUCUGAGCUUAGUCUCUGGAGCUUUGCCUUUUGCUCUAAUAGUAAUCAUGUGAGUUGCCCUUGUCAGUCUGAAACAAAAACAUGCUUUGUUUUCGCGGAUGAACACUAAAUUAUAACUCAUGUAGAUCACUGUGAGCGCCCAUUGACAUGAUUAUGUGCGUCUUGCUAUGACCCCUUUUUUAUGCUGGAAUCACAGUUAUAAUUGACUAUAAUUGAAGGCAACCUUUUCUUUACAAGACACUGACUUCGGGUUUGCAUCUAUAGUACAGUACUGUGCAGAUGUUUUUCUUUAGACAUUGGAUUUUUUCACGUGUUUUUUGUCCAACUCCUUGUACCUUGCCCACAAGGUGAUUCCCAAAGAGCUAAAACUUGGCAUGUCUCUGCAUUGUGUGGAGUGUGUUCUUAAAAAAUUAGG